AGAAUGUAGAACUCUCUCUUGGGCCAUCCUCAAAGUUCCAGAUGCCUCGCUUCUGCGAGGAGGGGCAUGCAAUUCCUUCGCGGUGCACGAAUGUAUAAUCGUGCUGACGCACUCUAGGGAAAAACAUUGUAUUUCUGCUAGACGGGAGCGGCGUGGGUGACUUUAAGGACUGCCUUAAGUAUGCCAGUGUCCACCGGCGCACUUUUAGCUCGCUUUCUGUCCUCGUUUACACUGUAUCCAACAACGGUGGCUUGCCUUCGGUAAGCGGCUCAAAGCUUCUAACGGUUGCUACGUUGAGACGUAACGACAGUCAAAUAUUGGGCGAUCCCGGGGACUUCGUAAUAACCUUGCAGGUAACCGCAACUAUACAUAGUGUUCACUUCCCCCAUCCUUCGAGGACUCCUUUUGAUCGAUGGUCCUCUCAAACGUCUACACUCACCCCGAGCUCUCUGAUUAAUUACAAGUACACGAUGGCAUCGAUCGCGUACUCAUUAAUCGCCCUCGUGGCAAGAGAUGAAAAACAAUCCUACAACGAUCGCAAGAAUUUUCGUGAUUCUUGCACACUGGAUACAUGUCCCCUGGCGCUCUCAUACUGGGGCUAUCGGCCUUCGCUCGCCGCGAACAUCCUCUUCACGGUUCUCUUUGGUAUAUCGACUAUACUUUUCAUCGGCCAGGGAGUCCUCAGCAGACGUUUUCUCGGGUUCACUAUCGCCAUGGUGUCUGGAUGCGCACUUGAAGUCAUUGGUUAUAUUGGCCGGGAUCUUAGUUACUACAAUCCCUUUGCUGAAAAUCCCUUUCUCAUCCAAAUCAUUUGCUUGACGAUCGCCCCGGCCUUCCUUGCCGCAGGAAUCUAUCUCUGCCUAUCGCGUAUCGUCCUCACUUUUGGGCCGCAAAACUCCCGCAUCAAGCCUCUAUCCUACCCGCGCAUCUUCAUCCCAUGCGACGUUGCAUCCCUCCUGCUCCAAGCCGCAGGCGGUGGCCUAGCCAGUGCGAAAUCGCACGCCGACGAGGACCCCACGACCGGUAACAACAUCAUGAUCGCCGGACUCGCAGUCCAGGUCUUCACGCUCCUCAUCUUCAUCUGCCUGGCCCUCGACUUUUCCAUCCGCACGUUCAAGCGCGUGCGCCAGCUCGGCGCUGAGGGCGCACUCGACCCAACGCACGCCAAACUCCGACAGAGCUGGGCCUUCCAGGGAUUCCUCGUCGCGCUGUCAUUCGCCACUCUGUGCAUCUUCACGAGAUCCGUGUACCGUGUUGCCGAGUUGAGCGAGGGGUGGACUGGGAGGUUGAUCAAGACGCAGAGCUACUUCAUCGGACUCGAGGGCGCUAUCAUCAGUGCUGGUGUUCUCGCUCUGAACUUUUUCCACCCUGGCCUUUGCUUUAGGGAGGGAUAUGACACCAAGACCGGUAGUGGUUGCUUCGGAAGGAAGAAGAAGGUUGAAGGGGAGGCAGAGAUGGCUAGCCUCUAGAGCAAGUCUUUCGACGGAUCGGUUUUCUACUCAUUCAGCUCUCAUGCACAUAAGAAACCAUAGACCAAGACAUAGAUUUCGCACAUAUAUACCCCUACCCUGACGUAACAGCAAGUAUCCUAUUUCCUUUUAAUAGCUAUAUUGAGAACCCAAUCCGUUCUUCUA